AUGGCGGGCGAGUCAGGGCCCGUACAUCUAUCGUUGCCUAGGGCGAUGACGAUAGCUGCCUUCUUUGGCAUGUCCCUGUCUAACUCGAUCGAAAUCCUCUUCUUCAUCUUCGGCCGGUUCAAACGCCGCAAAGGGCUGUAUUUCUGGAGCAUGCUUGUCGCAUGCAUCGGCAUCCCCGUCCAUGCGAUCGCUGUGCUGGUACGCAUGUUCGGCCUGGUGUCGAACGUAGCCAUGUCUUUAGCUGUUGUCCUAGGUUGGUGGGCCAUGGUGACCGGCCAGGCCGUCGUGCUUUACUCGCGACUACAUCUGGUUAGCGACCGGAAAAAGACGCGCUGCGUGCUAAUCAUGAUCGGCACUAACUUCAUCGUCCUCCAUCUACCUGUUUCGGCAUUGUAUCUCGCCAUCAAUGUUCGCCCCUCGAACUCACUCACCAACGUAUUCAAAAUCUACGAAAAGACCCAACUCGUCGGCUUCUCCAUCCAGGAGUGCAUCAUUGCCGGUAUUUAUAUCUGGGAGGCCUCCCGCAUUCUCAACCACGUUCUCGAAUCCAGGGGGCCGCAAGGGAAAAAAAUGAUUCGGCACUUGAUUCUUGUCAACGUCCUCGUUGUCGCACUGGACGCCAGCCUUGUCGUCACCGAAUUCACCAACAACUUUGAUAUCCAGACGACCUACAAGACCGUCGUCUACAGCAUCAAGUUAAAACUCGAGUUCUACGUCUUGAACCAGCUGCUCUUGUUCCUUCAGUAUCCGACCUGUACCUGCUUCAACAGCACCUUGUUGCUCGGACAACAUAUUGAGACUCCCAACUUCAGCCUCCUGUCUCUGACGUCCACUCCAACGUUGCAAAGGCGGCAGAGAAACGAUGCCACGGCUUCGUCGCAGUUCAGGUUGGAGCGCAUUUAUAGCGCGGGCGGGAGCGACGACUGCGAGUCUUUGCAUUUCCAUCGUGGCUGGCGACGCCCUGCACCCAUUCUGCCAGAUCUAAAACAUGACUCAUAG